AUGGAGCAGCCCGGGCCCUUAGCCAGACCUCUCCUCAGCGCCUCUGGCAACAGAACAGAGCGCUCUGUACAGCUAACACAUGCAAGCUGGGUGGCUGCAUUUGGCGCCGUCGUGACUAUAAUGGCCUCGCUCACUGGCUUCUUCACGCAACAGCUUGUGCAAUUUCAGGAUUGUCUUCAGAAAGAUACGACUGCAUUAGUCAAAAUAUCGCGAACCAACUCCUACGUCAAGCACGGAGCCUGGAUUUAG